AUGGUUAAAAAAAUACAAGGGGCCAAUGUUAAUAAACUAUUUCCACAAAGUCGUAAAAAUGGGCCAGAAUUUCGAAUGGAUUAUAAAUUAACCAUUUCUUCUUUAACCAAAGCAUGGGGUAAAUUUCAAUACAUAAGAUAUCCAGAUGUGGCAAUUUUACGAGGAUCUUUAUGCCAGACUAGUAAACGGUUUCGAGCUAGAACAAAUGGUCGGCAAGAUGCAGCUAAUUGUAUUGUGGCAAUUAUAUUCGCAAACAUUUUUACUAUGUCUGUUUGGAUACCAAAAUUUAUUGAUAAAAUUCUUAUUAUUGGUGACGAACUGUUAACGUUAAGUAUAACAUUUAAACCACGAUUGCGCUAUGAAAUCGCAAGACCUAAAGAUUUAUAUAACAACGUGUAUAUUGAUGAUGUUAAAAUUACUUAUACCACCGAUGGACCUACUGUUAGUGGAAAAUUUUAUCCUGAAAAUGGACAUACUGAUUUAGAAACAACAUUAAAGGAAUAUCUCGAAACAAACGGAUCAGCUUUAUGUGCCGUUAUGACUCUGGUAGUAGCAUUUUGGAAAAAAGGUAAGGGAUAUUAUUACUUUGAUCCUCAUGAACGAGAUGAAAAUGGAAAAGCUGUUCGAUUUGAAGAUGGUAAAGCAUGUGUAAUGAGAUUUCUUGAUCUUGAACAGAUGGUUAACGCAUACUGCCAAAAUUUGGAUCGUAGUAAAAAUUUUACCUUUACACUAUUUCCUAUUAAUAUUUUACGUAUGGCAAAAGUUCGAGUAGAUCCACCUGAGAUACCAAAACGUAAAGUACCGAUCAGUGCUCCGAGAGAUAUUUUUAAGAAACCCAAAAAGCGAGACUCUGAAGCAAGUUCAAGUACUUCUAUUGAUAAAAAACCCGUUCCUCCACUUGAACCUGAUAACAAAAUAAAAGAUGUGUAUGAAAUGAAUCCAGAAUACGUUAAAGUCGAGGAAAAAUAUCGUGAUCGAUAUAAACAUCUUGAGAAUAUACCAGAAACACAUGUAACAGCAUUAUCAAUCGAAAUUAAACCUCAUGUUGCUCCCAGUGUUACAUAUUUUCAACCAACUUCAAGUAACACAGGAAUAUUAAGAGGGAAUACAUAUAAACGGUCUGAUUUAGCACCAUCCAUAAGUCUUUAUUGCCUUGGAAUGCUUAAAAUAUAUAAAUCACGAUUUUGGACUAAAGAUAUUGUUAACCACAUAUUAUAUUAUGGGCAUAAAUUAUAUAAACAAUCUUUUUACAAACAAGGAAGUGGAGGUGAUCGACGUGUUGAAUUAAAAGAUGUUUUCAAAGAUAUUAUGAUUAUGGGUAAAAGAUUUACGCCAUAUAUUGAUCAUAGUACCGUUAUUGGUGUAUUGAAUACAGUUCAAGAGGAUCAGGUGGAUUUGCAGAGAGGGAUAGAAGACUUUUUUAGAGAAUAUGACACUGGAAUUAUUCAAGGGCCAAUUACUGUAGCCAUUUGGCAAGAAGCAGAUUUAUAUUACAUGUUUGAUCCGUGUGAGCGUGACAACAAUGGAUGUAUUCUUCAAUCAAAGGAUAGUUGUGAAGAAUUGCCGGAAGGUAAAGCUUGCGUAACAUGGUUUAAAUUACUAGAUGAUUUAACUAAACUGUAUUGUGAUAAUAUUCCUAAGGAAAAGAGAUUCGAUCCAUUUUUUAUUAGUAAUGUGGUAAUUACAGAUUAUGUUGAAGUACCAUUGCCUUGGUGUAAUUUCAUAGGAAUAAAACCUGGUAAAUGGAUUUUACGAGGAACAUUUAAUCAAAACAGCAGUAGAUUUGCAGAUGAUAAUAGAAAUUCUCAAUGUACAGCAAUCGCAGCUAUUGCCAUAACAUUCAGAUUAUUGUAUAUCAUGGAAGAUUGGAGCUCGGAUAUAAUUGAUAAUAUAUUGUUAGAAGGGGAUGAAUUUUAUUCGUCAACUGUACAACAUCUUAAGGAUACCAACAAAUUCAGCCAUCCAUUUUUAAUGUUAGAUGAGCUAUUGAGAAGUUAUACUUUACUAUCUAUAUCCGGAAAGCAUAAUGGUAAACGAAUAAAUUUCGAUGUUCGAGAAUGCUUAGUAAAUGGAGUGAUAUCAGCCCGCGAUGAUAAUGAUCAAAUUAUGAAUUUAAAAAAAGGUAUUGUCAAGUUUUUCACAUGCUAUGAGUGUGGUAUAGUUACUGCUGGCAACAUAUCUGUUGCAAUAUGGAAGUAUAAUAAUUACUAUUACUAUUUUGAUUCGCAUUCAAGGGAUCAUAAAGGAGUGGUUCACGGAAUUGGAACUGCUUGUGUAUUACGGCUUGAAUCCAUAGAUGAAUUGGUUAAAUCAAUUGAAACAAAUUUACAACCUGCAUCGAAAGAUUUUUUUAACAUAGGAUAUUGCGAAGCUUCAAUAUGGGAAACCGAUGAAUCAGGCUUAGUAAAACCUCCUUUAAAUAAUUAUACUCGGAUUAAUGACACUUCUGCCAUUUUGCGAGCAACACACCAUGAAGGGGACAAACUUAUUUACUAUGAAAACGCUAAUAGGCAAACAUUUUCAAAUUGUAUUGUCGCAAGUGCAAUGAUGAAAAUCGUUUCACCAUCUCUGUGGACAGUGAUGAUUAUGGAUGAAAUUUUAAAGUAUGGAAAUCUUUUGCAUGAACGAGCAUAUUUAAAAGUAUUAGAUACUGAUCCAAACUUCGAUGAAAACUUAACUUUUAACGAAUGUGAAAAAGCAUUUCGAUUAGGUGAUUAUUUUGUCACAGUUGAGUCAGGCGAUCCUAUUACAUCUAAUUUUGAAGUUGAAUCGCAAAAUGUUUUACUUGAUAUGUUUACAUCACAUUUUCGACAAGAUAAUACACCAAACAGUGACAUAAAUAAAUGUGCUAUUUUUUCAAGUCCCACUACAACUAUAGCCUGUUGGACGGAUUUAGAUGUAAUGUAUAUUUUCGAUCCUAAAGAAAUGGAUAACCAAGGGAUAUCAUAUGACAAAGAUAUAUGGAGUGACAGACAAAUAACACCCGCAGAAUCAUUUAUGGAAUAUGAAGGAGAAGGACAAAUGCUGGAUGAACAAACUGUACCCGAAAUGAUGGAUGAAGAUGAAGAAAGGCCAUUUUAUAUGGAAGAAGAAUCUGAAUAUUCAAAUUAUACAAAUACGGAACGUCCUCCUGGUAAAGCUUAUGUCAGAUGGUUCACAGCAUUAGAUACAUUUGUACAGCAUAUAAUUGAUAAUACUCCACCAAAUCAAUUAAAAACUGCAGAAUUUCUUCUUCAACCUUUAAAGGUAACUGUGAAAGUCAUUGCAAAAGAAAAACCAGUGCCACCAGAAGGAACUUCAAUUCAACCACCGCCAGAUGCAGAUCCAGCCUACAUUGGUCCUUGGUAUAAAUUUCAAGAAAUUAAUUAUGGUAUGUGGAUAGUUCGAGGAUCUCAUUGUUAUUCAGAUUUGCGAUAUGCAGAAAUUAAUCGCGGCAAUCAAGAUGCUGCAAUCGCAAUAGCAUUUUUUGUUUUGAAACAUAGUAUUGAAAUACGAGAAUUUCAAAGUGGUUUGAUAGAUGCUGUUUUAAAAUAUGGCGAUAAAUUGCACACGUAUUGCUUACAAAAACUUAAAAAAAGUAUGAUGAUGGAAAAUUUAGACCCAGAAAAUAUUACUUUAGUAUUAUCAAAUACUAGAUUUGAACCAUAUCAAAUAUUUAAUGAAUUUUGUCUUGGACAACAUAUUUAUAAGCUAAAAUUAGAUGAAAAAAUAAUUUCUGGUGAUAUUACGUCCACUGGAGAGGCUAAUCCGAUAACAGCUGACGAUGAACCGGUAAAGAAUUUAUAUGAUGCAUUGGAGUUCAUAACAUAUAAAGAGUACAAAAACUGUAUCAUACAUGUUAAAGAUAAAUCAUUUGCUAUUUAUAAAGGACAAAAAAUGUAUUAUUUGUUUGAUCCAAAUUGUCGUGGUCCCAAUGGAUUGAAAACAACAAAUGGUGUGGCAUGUUUACUUAGAUGUAUGUUUCUAGAUCAAUUAGUUGAAAUCAUUAAAUUGAAUUUACCAGAAGAAGGAAGUAAUCGUUUCUACAUAGACGGUGUAAACAUUGAAAAAAUACCGAUAAAACGCGGAACACAAUUAGGAAAAAAGAAGUUACCAACAUCGCUUACUGAACCAUCCGCAUAUAGAACAAUACAACCAGGUAAAAUAAUCCUAACAGGAACACUUUCACAAGAGGAUAAACGAUUUAAUCGUGGCAAACAUGUGCAAAGUGCAGCUUGUGCACUUGUUGCUUUAGCAAUGAGUGAGAUUCAUCGAACUGAUACUUGGACUAAGGAUAUUGUUGAUGAAAUAAUUAUAAAUGGAGAUCGAUUAUAUGGUGCAACGGUCGAUAAUCUUGGUUUUAAAUUUAAUCCAUGGGAAGAGACAAUGACUGUACAAAUAUGCGAUAAAGACUUUUAUGUUGGAGUUAAUCAUGUUAUAUGUGAGAUGAUUGAUGAACUUGACGAGCAUAUAAUGCCACUAGCGAAAUUACAUUAUGGAGUGGAACGAUUCUUUAAUUCUAACUUACCUCAUGGUAUUAUUCAAUCAAAUCGAUUAACUGCCGCAAUAUGGAAAGAUUCAAAAUUCUAUUACAUAUUUUAUCCAUAUCCUUUGAGUUCAACUGGUCAAAAUUAUCAAAAUGGAGCAGCUUGUAUUAUGGGUUUUAAUUCGACAGAUGUUUUAAGCGAACAUUAUAAACAAGUUAUUGAUAAUAAUGGAACUAAAUCGUCAAAGAAGAGAGAAAAUAAAAUAAAGAAGUCAAAAAAAUUAUCGAAAUAUUGGGUUUCACUGAAAGAAGACUCGUCAAUAUUGUAUGGUGGAUUUAGUCAAACAUCAAAAGUAUUUAUAGAAUCCAGUCGGGGUUACCAAGCCGCUGCAAAUGCGAUUAUUGCAAUUGUCAUGUUUCAUUUAAAUGAGCCUAGUUCGUGGACCCAAAAUACUUUAAAUAGUAUUUUAAUGUCUGGUGAUCAAUUAUAUAAAGACAGUUAUUUACGAUACCGACCUUUAAAUCGAGAGAUUGGAUUAAAUAUGUUAUUACGUAAAUUUUAUAUUGAAAAAUAUUGUGUUGAGGUCAUCGUUUACAAAGCAACGAUCGUAGGAAAAUUAAAUGAAAUUGAUAUUUCAACUGGUAUUCAUAAUUUCUUUUUGCAUGAACGCGCUGGUGUAUUUAUUGCGUAUAGUAUGACUUUAGCAAUUUUUCAAAAAGGUGGACAAUAUUAUUUGUUUGAUCCAUAUGGUUGUGAGCUUAAAGGCGAUGUUGAUAAUCAUGGCAGAGCAAUUCUAAUACGAUAUAAAAAUUUAGCAAAUAUUGCUAAUUAUUUGUAUGCACAAUUCUCAACUAACGAUAUGUUGUGUUCAAAUAUAAUGUAA